AUGAAUGGCACAGAAGGACCCAACUUUUAUAUCCCCAUGUCUAACAAGACUGGGUUGGUCCGCAGCCCAUUUGAGUACCCUCAGUACUACCUGGCUGAGCCCUGGAAGUACUCUCUUUUGGCUGCGUACAUGCUGUUCCUCAUCAUCACUGCCUUCCCCAUCAACUUCCUCACCCUCUAUGUUACCGUCAAACACAAAAAACUGAGGACCCCUCUGAACUACGUCUUGCUCAACCUCGCUGUGGCUGACCUCUUCAUGGUUGUCGGUGGCUUCACAGUUACUCUCUUCACAGCCCUGCAUGGAUACUUCAGCUUAGGGGUCACCGGCUGCAACAUUGAAGGAUUCUUUGCCACCUUAGGAGGAGAAAUUGCUCUCUGGUCUCUGGUGGUUUUGGCUAUUGAGCGCUACAUUGUGGUCUGUAAGCCAGUGACAAACUUCCGCUUUGGGGAGAAACAUGCCAUUGCUGGGCUGGGAUUCACAUGGAUCAUGGCCCUGACCUGUGCUAUACCCCCUCUGUUUGGCUGGUCCAGGUACAUCCCAGAGGGAAUGCAGUGUUCCUGUGGCAUUGACUACUACACUCCCAAGCCCGAGAUCAACAACACCUCAUUUGUCAUCUAUAUGUUUGUCCUCCAUUUCUCUAUCCCGCUCUUCAUCAUUUUCUUCUGCUACAGUCGCCUGCUCUGCACUGUGCGAGCGGCUGCGGCCCAGCAGCAGGAGUCUGAAACCACCCAGAGAGCCGAGAAAGAGGUAACACGUAUUGUCAUCGUCAUGGUGAUCUCCUUCUUGGUGUGCUGGGUGCCCUACGCCAGCGUGGCCUGGUACAUCUUUGCCAAUCAGGGAACUGAGUUUGGACCGGUUUUCAUGACUGUACCAGCCUUCUUCGCCAAGAGUGCCGCUCUGUACAACCCGGCUAUCUACAUUCUGCUAAACAGACAGUUUAGAAACUGCAUGAUCACCACAGUGUGCUGUGGAAAGAACCCAUUUGGAGAUGAUGAGGUCGGAGCCGCUGCUGUCUCCAAAACCCAGACUUCAUCUGUCUCUUCCAGCCAGGUGGCCCCCGCUUGACCUGUGCCCCCCUUACCCCACACCACCCCGCUCCUUCCUCAACGUCCCAUCUGUCCCUGCACACCUAGGGACCCACCACCGCCAAGCAGCACCACGUUCUUUUGGCCAAUCCUCUUGACUUACCUCUCCAUGUGUCUUCACUGCAGCGGCACAACCGCACCUUUGGUGGGACUGACAUACUUAAGAGCCAGCAUGUGUAUUUUCAAUCCAUUUAAUCAUGGAAAGUGUUCAGCUGGCAUCACAGAGUUUAACCCAGCAUCAACGAUCCAACUGAAUAUAUUCCAAGCUCCCCACUACCCACAGAAACACAUAACAGGUGAAAAUUUUAUUCAGAAAACCACAAAACAUGAUUUCAUCCACAUCAUGUCUUGUUCAAGUAAUUGUUGCAGCUACAUAUCCCCCAAAAUGCGCUUUGAACAAUCAAUUUUAUGAAUACUUAUGGCAAAUUAGUCAUGAAUUUGUUUAGAUAUCUCAGAUGAGUUUUUAAGGCAUCCUCUGGUCUCUCUGUCUUUCCUCCUGUCUUUAUGGUGACAAUGCUGAAGUGGUGAGUUUGCUCUUGGCAUAAACUGAGACAUGAGUGUAAACAGAUGGACCUGAAAAGAGCCUCUGCAGGGAGAAGGCGCCUCCUGCAAGAGACUGAAUGCAUGUGUGGUGGAUGUUUAUGUGUUUGAAUGGAUGUCAGAAUGUCAGCGUGUGUCUUAAAGAGAUACGGGGAUAUUAUUUUGUUCAUUGCGUAGAGGCUAGGAUCUCGUGGAAGUUGUUCUGUGUCCUGCAAUAAAAAAAAAAAACAAAGCUAAAUGUCUGCCUGGCUUUUCCCUUACUCGCUUUUUCAUGAGAACAUUUACGAGGCAUUAUGAGAAGUUCCAGAUGCUAGUUUGCGGGCUUGUGGGUGACGGGCCAAAUCUUAAUGGUUUUCAAAUGUUGUUAAAAU